CUUGCAUCUGGGACGACCUCGUAUUGAGGUCUGGCCGCUCGCGCGCGUUUUAUUUUGAGACCACGGGACACGUGACGUCCGAGGAAACGGUCUCGGUAUUACCAAAUUUGGCUGAAAUUCGAGUCGGCGACCUCCGGCUUGCCUAAUAUGCACCGAAGCGUAAUGGAACCGAGGCGGUCGCCGCGUUUUGAGGACGAACACGACUGUGCUUUGCGGCAUUUCUCGCUCGAAGUUGUUGAGCACCGUGAUAUCGGCACACCGGCGGUUACGUGCACGCGUCGUACCGCGCGGUGAUACGCGAAGUAGCGCCGGUGGAGUUUGUUGUGACGGUGCGGAGUCGGUUGGUGCGACGAAUAGUGAUUUCCGAAAAGUGACUCGGACGCAAAUUGGACAGUGGAGUGCUCUUGCUGCGUCGAAUCGUUCGGAAAACCAGACUCCAUUAAGGCCUACAUCUCAACACCUACAUAUGAGUCCCUGGACGCCAUGACCUGACGUAUGCAGAGUGGGUUUGGCUCAUCUAGCGAAUUGGAACCUGAAGCCAAGAUGACGGUACUGGAUUCUUCUUGCAGCACCCUUACAAAAGAAGAUCAGCCAGCUUGUUUAACUGAGGGUGGUGCCACUACCAGACACGCGGCCGGCAGGCCGGACAAACAGCGGCAGGGCAGCGGCUACUUCCAACAACUAUUCCACGCUCCCAAUGGGAACCUGUUCAGCGUGCUCUCACCGCUGCAGCAGCGCGGCGGCCGCUUCUGCUCCAUGAAGCCCGCGUUCCUGUGCCGCCAGCCGGCGCAGCAGCAGCAGGGCCAGCGCGCCACGCGCAGCCGCAGCGGCCGGCGCGGUGGCGGCAGCCGGUGCCUAAAGUUCCACAACUUCAUCCCUUCCGAGAGCAUCACCUCGGAGAAGGACGAUGGCUCGCACGACGACGUCUGGAAAGUGCACGCCGAGUGCAAGCUCCAGGAGGAGCACGGCACCAAGCAGAUCAUGGUGUCCCAGUGGUCCGUGUCUUCGUCGGAUGCGCCGCCGCCGUCAUCGUCGUCUUCCUCUUUCGUCCAUGCGACGGCGGAGUCAAGGCACUCAGCCGGGAAUGAUACCGCCGCCUCGACCGAAGUCGAGAAGGCUCCGCCGUCUCAGCUGGCUUCCAGAUUGCGAGCGGAGGUGACGCGGCGGCAGCCUGCAUCUACUUGCCCACCGCCCGCGUCGAGCACAACCAACAGGGCUGCGGAUGUGUCAAGACCGAGCACGGACGGAUCCCCACGGCCCCAGCAACAAAUCCAGUUGACUAACCAUGCGGGACCCGUAGUCGCUGCCAUCACAGCUCCACCGCCCGCGCUUGUGGACGAAGAAGCGCUUAGGGCGACGCCCGGAAGUUUUAUUCCUCCCAGAAGCAGCGAGCUCUUCAACGAGCUCGCAUCAUCCUCGUGCUGCUCCGAGGACGUCCCAAGCAGGACUGACUCGGCGCCCGCGUCGCCGAUCUGCGCGGUCGAUGCGAGUGCCGACACGUCUGUCAAGCAGUCAGAGAUUCUCUUCGAGUGCCUCUCCAAGCGACACCGAAGAAAGCCCUCGCAGACGCGCAGGGUCGUCCCUUACCGAAAGUACCUGUCCCUCUUGGAAAACGAUGAAGCUUCUAGUGCGUCGCACCCUCUGGACUUGUCUAUGAAGACAAGAGCGCGCGCAACGGAGGAUGAUGCUGGUGCCACAGUUGGCAGCAGCAACAGCUGUUGUUUCUCGCCUGCAGUGUGUGGUGCAUCACCUUUUGUGCCCUGUUGCUUACCGGCCUGUUCAUCGCAACCGUACCUUCCCAGUGUGCCCUCGGAGCACUAUCAUUUUCCCUACCAGGACCCGAGGACGUCCGUGUCUGGCUGCUUCGAGAAGUCUCCACUCCAGGUUGCAUUGGAAGCACCUCUCACAACUGCACCAAACCGUAGACUCCUCAGUGCUUUUUCUCAGCCGAGUCCACUUGCUGCACUUGGUCACCAGUCUGUGGUGUCUGCAUCUGCGGUGCCUACGACCCAGUUGCCAUUUGGCUAUGCACUCUACUCGACGCCAGCGUCAGCUUCUGGUGCUGGUGUCAGGCCUUCACACCCUCUUCAACCACAGUCCUAUACAGACUGUUCAAGCAGUGGCAGUAGAUCAGCAUUGAUGGCAGUCCUGCAGAAUUGUCGAGACCCGAGGACCAGCAAUGGCCACGGUGCAUCAACAAGCCCUUCACCAUCGGAAGCACCACGGGGUCUUCGAAAACCUAGCCAGAGGUCACUGAUCAAGCAGAAGUUGGAAGACACAUUCAAGCAGAAUGGUUUCCUCGUCAAGACCAAGCAAGUCUCGGAUGGUGAUGCCACCUUCUGCAAGUUCCGUCAGCUUCGCAAGUACACACGCUACUACCUCAAGAGCUGGCACCACCACCUUCCAGCAGAAGUGCACAAGCUCUGGAAGGGUUUCCUUCCACCUAAGACGCUGCCUGGCCCAGGGGGCACAGUCGAUGAUGUGGCCAGGGAUGCCUCACAUGGUUCGCUGUCUCUACCACAAUAGAAAUAUGGCACUGUGCUACAAAUUUCAGAAUGAAAUCGGCGGAUGAUGUGUUUCUUUUUUUAUGUGUGUACUGUGUUUAGCUUGGUUCUCAACUCAUCUUGGUGCUAUGGCAAACCUGGUUUGAGAACAUUGCCACAUUGAUGAGACUGGAUGUGCUCAACAAAGUUCUUAGAAACAAGAUUGUUUUUCUUUCGUGAUCUUAUCUGCAAUUAAUUGCUAUACACUCUGACUGAGCUUUUGCAGUGUCUCUAGCUAAGUAGCAAACCGUCUUGAAAUUUUGAAGGCCAGUUUAGUCAUUAUUCGUGUUAAAUAAACAUGGAAUCAUGUUGCAUGAGCGUAAACCAUUGUUUACGAUAAAUGAAUUUCAAAACACAGGGGUACUUCCGUAAAUGUUGUGAAGCUAUUUAGGCCUUAAUGAUUGAAUUUUUAUUAAGCUUCAAUGCCACGUCAGCAGUGCUUUGUGUUCAUUAUCGAGCCAUGACCUCCUUGGUUUUCAAUUUUCCUGAGUAAUAAUAAUAAUAAUAAUAAUAAUAAUAAUAAUAAUAAUAAUAAUAAUAAUAAUAAUUUAUUUCCAUCAGUGCAACGUGAUGAAGGAGGUGGGAAAUAAAAGCAGCCAUUUGCUUGCUUAGUUUUAUAUGGUGUAUUUGAUUUUCAUCCUUUGAACUUUUUUCUGAGUUCUUGCAGAUAGAAUAUUGCAGAUGGGGGCAUAGCUGCAUUAAAAUUUACUAGUCUACAUUGUAAAUAUUGAUUUCAGCCCACCUUUUGUUUCCUGCCACUUUCACAGUGCUUGUCAUGCAGUUUUUAAUCCUAUGGUAAACAUAUAGAUUAUGUAAAAGUGAACCAUAAUUUUGUUGUCACAACUGAAAACCAAAAUAUUUUUACUAUGAGCAGCAGCUAUAAAAGAUGCUUUUUGCUUCCUGCAAAAGUAUAAUUUCUAUCAUCACUUUAAUUCUUUUGAAAUUUGUGAUGCUAGAGCUUGGAGUGAUAAUUGUGCAACAUGCAAGUUCAUUUCUCAUGCAAGUUUACAAUUAAGGAGAAUGUUGACAACUAGCCCACAAAUGGUAGCUGAACACCAUACAGAAUCUCUUUUUUUAUAGUUCGGUAUGCUGAAGGGCAAUUAUAGCUAUACAGACUCAGCACUAGUGAACUGUGAGGCACUAGUGCUUGUGUGGGCUUAUCCUUCAGGCUUGAAGUAGUGGAGGCCCGUCUCCGCCAUUUCAUAAUGGUUUGAUUUAUGCUAGUUAUAAUCCAUGUUGUUAACAGCGAGAAAGGCAAGAUUGAUUGAGCAGAUGAUGUAAGGUGUCCACAGCCUGUGUUGUCUACUCCAUCGAACUUGACUUGCACCAUCUAGGGUUUAGAUCCUCGUCCUUAUAUUCUUUCAUUUGUCUCAAAGGUUGUGAAGGGCUAAGGUGCUGAACAGGGGGACUCUAUAACGUGAAACAGUGAUCUUUGUUCAAUUGCUGAAUGCACAUUUUGUUUGUUCUGCUUACACGACCACAUGUUAUAGCUCAUCGUUUUUAACAAUGUUGACCAUCCUAAAGAGGAAGUGUUUUCAAGCAGUUGUCCUGACAAAGAAGCAGUUUAGAAUACAAAAUAUAGGUUGUGGGCCGCAUAUGAUAUUUAGUGUUAUGAUUAAUGUGCAGGUGUGUAUUCACUCUCACUUAUGUGAAAGUCAUGGAAGAUGGAAGUUUUCACAAUUACGUAGAAUUCAGCCUAGUAGUCGUGCAAAUUGGCAUGCGGCUUGGCUUGAGGAGUUGCACAUUAGGGCUGACAUUGACGACUUCCCUGAUAGAUUUUAGAGCAAUGAACUUUGAGCAGCAAGCCUAGCGAUUCUAGUCCCAUCAGUCUCAUUGGAAAGACAUCAAAAAUCUUCAUUAUUCUAGGCAGUGAAGUGAAGUUGAGCUGCUGAUGUCAACAUGUGACCUAUGCCACAUGUUAUGUGGGAAAUAUUGCUUGGAAUUUUAGAAUGAAAGCCUAAUUCAGUGCUUAUAAUUUCAUCAUACAGCGCCAAAUGAAUACUACAUAGCUGCUGCUCAUUUCUGUACAGUACUUCACAUGGUCAAUUGCAAAAAGUAUUUGCCAUGUUAUGCACAUGAUUCAAACCAUUGGGUGCAUGUGACUUGUGCAGAUGUCAUUGCUGCUGCCAUGUUGGCAAUCUAUAAGUGAUAUUCUGCACUUUAAUCUGAUCUGAAUAUUUUCAGCUUGUCUCCUUAUCUCUGGUAGCCAUGCUCCUUAUCUCUGGUAGCCCUGACAGAGCCAUGAGUACGGCUCUGUUAAGAUGUUUGUGAUGCUGCAUGCUAAGAUGUGGCAUGACAAGCUGAACUGUGUCGGAGGACACUUGAAUCCUCAAGGGUGUGCUUUGCACUAUGCAGCACUGAUCGUGCUUUACAUGGCUCUAUAUUUGUUCUGUGCUGUGGGGGUAUUCACUAUAUGGAGCAAAGGGGUACCUAUCGGACCUCUGCAGCACCCCUCCCCCCUCACCUUCACACAUUCACAUUUACCAAUAUGUGCAAUCUGAUCAGCUGCCAGACCUCACCAAGACGUCUGGAAUAAUAGUUCAAACAUCAAGGAAAGCGGGAAAUACACUUGCUAAUUUGUACUCUUAAGUUAAAGCUUACAACAUUGUUCCAAAUUGCUAACCUUUCACGGAAGUCCAACGGCUCUGAGGAAAACUGGGAUCCCUCCCUGUCUCAAUACAGUAGGCCUUGUUUAUAUUUCACCCAUGACAUCUGCUCACUUGUUUUCACUAGGUUUGUUGUUUCACACUGCACAUCUUUUAUUGCCCUGUGAUCUCCUUUAACAUGUCCAAAAGGAACUUGUUUUGUGAUGCCUUUGCUGUUUGUCAGACUAGUCAGAAACAGGGUGCUUUUGCGCUUGUUGUUAGAUGUUGUACAGAAUUUCAGAAUUUCUUGACAAGGUGCAGUCUUCUUGUUGAUGUAAGGACAGCUAGCAAACACACACUUCUACAAAAAAGAGAAGCAUACAUCAUUAUGUACGAUCUGCCUCGUGUAUUGUGCAGGAUUCACUUGUGCAGUAUUCAGAAGAAAGCAUAAAAGCAACCUUCAGACCAAGCUACUGUUGUCCAGGAAGUUAUGUCUCUUGCCUUUUACCGUAGACCAUUUCAGAACAAACUCCAUGACCAGUGCUGCAUUCACUGUUGUGCUGGAGCUUUCUGGUGCUUUCUUUAUUCAUUUCUGUGUUGUGAAGAUUGAAAAUAUCUUUAGGAAUGAGGGCAUGCACAUGCUUUACCUUUUUUGCCCUCAAUCCUACUGACAGACAAGGUGGUUAUCUGGACAACAGUGGCUUAAUCUAUGACAUCUGCUUCUAUGUGUGUGGGUUUUUUUACAAGCCAUGCUUUUUUGUCCAGAAGGUCAGCCGUGAGCAAAUAUUAGCUAUGGAAGUAUCAAAUCGGUGGUUUCUACUCUUUGUGUGGCUGUUUGUAUGGUGGUUGUCUUUAUGGUCGCGGAAUGUCAAUUGCCCUUUUAUGUAUGGACUUAGUCACAUCCCUCCUCAGUGAUGAAAAUGCAGCCAUUUGCAAGCGUUUUGCUUGCACAUAAGUGCCACUCUGUCAUCUUCUUCUGUUUGGUAGUGUUCAGGCUUAGAUUGUUCCAAAGACUUUUCCCCCAUUUUUUUUGUACAUAGCUGCAGUAAAGCAUGCCAUGUUUAAACAUUGAUUUAAGACAUUUCUUACAUUUUUACUAAUCUCAGGUGCUAUGUUGAGGUAAGAGAUUUGUUUCGUUGGAAAUUUGCAAGUUUUCAUCGUGUUUAAGAUUCCAGUAAACUUACUAUGUAUAUUGUCUUAAGCAGGCAAGUGAUGUAAUAACUCCUGUUGCUGCACUGUGGCUCCAAGACUAUGUGCGUGAUUUGUCGUUGGCAGCAAUGAAUAACUUUUGAGUAGUUAGGCAUAAUGUUGCAUGGCAAGCAACAGCCAUAGUGCCUUCGAGACUGCUAUUAACUUAUUGCCAAAUGUAUUUACAGUUCACCUUUUUUUUGUUGUUGAGUUUUUGUUUCUAAAGAGUUCGUGAUGUUAAGUUUUUUCUCAUAGGUUUUAAGAACAGUGUGCCUGUUCAUGUUUAUUGACUUGCAGCUAUCGGGUGAAGUUGGCUGCUGGCACAUAGGAAAUGUUUGAAACGUCCAGUGUAUAAACAUUGUUCUUCCCACCAUGUGAUGAUAUUUUUCUAAUGCAUGUUUUUUUUCAAUAUGUUGGUCGAUCACAAAGCACAAAAAAGAGUACUUCAUGAGCGUUGUUGUUAAUAAAUGUUUCCUUACCAUG